AAAACACAAUGGGUAGAAAACAAAGACACAAAAAACGUAAGACCAUAAACACAAUUUUAUAAGUUUUCAACACAUUAAACACCCAAAUAUUUGUGUGUGCAUGUGUUGGGGAGAGAACAAAUCAAAGAGUGUAAAACAGAUAUUUCAUUAUAACAAGAAAAAGAAAUAUUUUUGCAGCAAAAAAAAAAAAAAAGACCUUUUCCCCCCACCACAACCCCACCACCAGCAAGAACAGCAGAAACAAAAGCAAGAAAGGAAAAAAAAUAAAAAAAAAAAAAAUCUUGCUUCUUUUUUUUUCCUCUGAAUUUUUUUUUUGUUUGUGGUUUUUGUUGUUUUGGAGCUACCAGCAGAGCAAAAGAUUAUCUGGGGUCACAUUUGUUUUUUGUUAAAAAUUUGAUCUGGCCACCAGCAGAGCAAAGGGUUAUCUGGGUCACAUUGGUUUCUUGCUGAAAGUUAAGUUUUUGAUCUUGACACCAGCAGAGCAAAGGGUUAUUUGGGUAAUUUAAUUCUUGUUGAAAUUUUUGAUCUUGGUAAGGAGCUGCAAGCUGGUGGGUGCUGGUUUUUUUUUUGGGAUUGAAUUUUGGAUGUGAUUUGAGUGGAAUUUAUAUAUAAAGAUGGCUACUUUAGAUAUUACAAAAAUGUGGAGGGACCCUGGUGCUCCAGCUGAUUCAUUCUAUCAGGUUCGGCCUGAAUGUAAGGAUGUUCCCAAGUCCAAAUUUAGAAUCAAGAAUGGGAAAACACUAAGUGCAAGAAAAUGGCGUGCUGCAUUUUCUCCGGAAGGUUAUCUUGAUAUAGGCAAAACACUCGGUCGAAUCCAUCGAGGGGGAAUUCAUCCAUCAAUUAGAGGUGAAGUUUGGGAAUUCUUACUUGGUUGCUAUGAUCCAAAAAGCACAUACGCGGAACGAGAGGAUAUACGACAACAACGGAGGACACAAUAUGCUAUACUAAAAGAAGAAUGCCGCACAAUGUUUCCGGUGAUUGGAAGUGGUAGAUUUAUUACUGCACCUGUAAUAACAGAAGAUGGUGAUCCUAUUCUAGAUCCUUUAGUACUUCAAGAGGCAAAAGCAGCAAAAGAAGCAAAAGAAGCGACUUCAGCUGGUCAACCAAAUGGUGCUUCCGAUGAUUACGAAAUGGUAAAGGAGCAUGAUAAAAGAGUGAUAGAGUGGAAACUCUCGUUACACCAGAUAGGACUCGAUGUGGCUCGCACUGACAGGUCACUUGUCUUUUAUGAGAAACAAGAGAAUCUAUCAAAGCUUUGGGAUAUCCUUUCUGUUUAUGCUUGGUUUGACAAAGAUGUUAAUUAUUGUCAAGGGAUGAGUGAUCUUUGCUCUCCAAUGAUUAUUCUUCUUGACGAUGAAGCAGAUGCAUUUUGGUGCUUCGAACGUUUAAUGAGAAGACUGAGAGGAAAUUUCAGGUACACUGACAGUUCUGUUGGAGUAGAAUCGCAGCUAAAUAAUCUAGCUUCAGUAACUCAAGUUAUUGAUCCCAAACUUCACCAACACUUAGAUAAAUUAGGUGGAGGUGAUUACUUGUUUGCUGUCCGUAUGCUCAUGGUUUUGUUCCGUCGAGAGUUUUCUUUUUGCGAUUCAUUAUAUCUUUGGGAGAUGAUGUGGGCCCUGGAAUAUGAUCCAGACUUGUUUGUUACAUAUGAAGACCCUGAAUUAGCUGCGGACAAACCUGAAGAAUCUAAAGCAAAAUCAAAGUCACGUCAGUGUGGGAAAUAUGAGCGAGAAAACAUGAAAAAUGCUGGCAAAGCUGCAGAAGCUCCCCUCCCUAUUUCCGUUUUCCUAGUAGCCAGCGUCCUGAAAGACAAGAGUGAUAAAUUGCUGACAGAAGCAAGAGGACUGGACGAUGUUGUUAAGAUACUGAAUGACGUUAACGGAAACUUGGACGCUAAAAAGGCUUGCACUGGUGCGAUGAAACUUCACAAGAAGUAUCUUAAAAAGGCGGCGAACACCAACAGGUAGCCCGAGCCCAAAGAAACUGCUAGGUGAUUCAUAAACCAAGGAGCUCAUGCCAAGAAGGCUCUGACAAGUUUGAUGUUCGGAUUUUUCGGCCAUGUCAAGGGACAGUGGCUGUUUUUGUAUACUGUGCUAUUGUUUUAGUAAGAAAAUAUGUAAAUUGUCAUUCUUUCUGGUUCCAUAAUUGGAACUACCAUCAUGUACAUGUAAUUUUUUUUUUCCUAGUAAAUGUGCCCUCAGGGUUGAUGUAUACAAAAGAUACUCUUCCAAAACUUGUAUAAUAGUAUGAAUUUACUAGUAGAGCCGUGUAUCUUCUUGGUUUUGA